AGGUGUGCGCUCGUGUAUUUUGUGUUCGUUAUGUUUUAUCAUAUUCCUUGUGCCAACAUGGAGAAGAGAGUAAAUUGGAAAUUAGUUAGUUCACAUAUAUGAAAAAACUUGUAAAACAAUUAUUUUACCGUGUUUCCAGACGUGUCUACAAUUCAUUCUUGGAGCUUUGACCAUUGUUUCAGGCAUGUAGGUACAGAAACAUUGAACAACUUCCAAGAUGGCGCGGUACAGGUCAAGGACUCGACCUUUCAACGUCCUACAGACUCCGGAGUCAUCUAAGAAAGAGAGGGAAGACUCGGGAAUACACCUGGAUGAACCCAGUUCUCCUGAAUCGAAACACGUGCCACAUGACGACCUGGUUGCUAUGAGACAUGGGGUGACAAUCACGAAAAUUCCAAAACAGAGCAUUGAGGAAAAUAACACAGCCGGCAUUGUACGUGUUCCACGAAGAUACAAAACAUCGUCAGAAAUUCCAGAAUGCAGAAAAACAUCAUCAGGAAUUCCUGAACGCAGAAAUUCAAAAGAUGUGCCCAACGAGAUUAAUUUAAAAAACAUAGUUGACCAGACUCAGCAAUUAAAUUUAUGCAAAAGUCAUAACAUCAUUGAUAGAAAUACAUGCAAAAAUGUGACUGAUAGUGAAAAUUCAAAUAGGCCUAGUGUAACAGUCAAGGUCACACUAGACUUGGAUGACGAUGAGGGUUUAGACAUCGUGGAUAGUAACUCUGACAUAGCUAAGGGGGAGACUACUCAUGCAGACAGAUUACAUGUGGAAAGUGACGAAAGUAGCAGCGAGGAGGAAACUUCGGAUAGUGAUACAGCAAUUAUAGAAGAAAUUGUGAACGAAACAAAUGACGUUGUAGAUGGUAACCUACAGAGUACAGGAAAUCCGAAAAAAUCUCAUCACGAAAAAGAUUCCAAAAAACGAAAAUUCCGGGACUUGUUACCAGCAUUGCGACGAAGCCAAAGUGUAGGUUGCGAGAGUGAAUUUCCGCCCGAGCAUGCCCUCUUCAUGCAAAAUUUCCCCAGGGCAAAGGAUCGCAAGGAUUAUGUUGAUAAAGACGAGACGACCCGACGGAUGGUCCACAAGACGUGUAGCGCAGACGCAGCUAUGAUGUCAUCAGAGGUUCUUCCAUUGGAUCCACACGAGAUUGUUCGGUCAAAACAGAAAUCCUCAAUAGCAAGAAAUGUCCGUAAGAAGCUUCAGAAGUUAAAGCGUCGAAACACCGACUCACUUUUAGGUGCCGUGAUCAUGACAGUGCGUGGAACGAACCAAGUCACGCAGGCGGAUGCAGUCGAGUGGGGCAACUCAUUUGAGUCACUCCUGAUGGAUAAAAAUGGUAUAGAAAUGUUCCGAAAUUUCCUCAAGUCCGAAUUCAGCGAAGAAAACAUUGAAUUCUGGAUUGCUUGCGAGGACUUUAAAACGAUAAGAACAAACAGAUUGGUGACUCGAGCACAGAAAAUAUACAGUGACUUCAUUGCCAUAAAGGCUCCAAAGCAGGUUAACCUAGAUUCGAAGACUCGACUAGAUGCAGUGACAGGUCUUGAAAAUCCAACGCGCGACAUGUUCAAACAGGCUCAAAAGCGUAUCCAGUAUUUGAUGGAGAAUGACUCCUACAAGAGAUUCCUUGAGUCUGAAGGCUAUAGACAACUCAUAGGCAAACAUUCACCAUCAUUGCAUAGCAGUAGAUGAAAUAACUGUAGAUUGGCAGGAUGUUUGUUAUUAAUGCUAACAUUUCAUGGAAAUUAUUAAUCACUUUGACUGCCAUUCAUCAAUACUGCAUAAUAUGUUAGCUGCGUUCUGAGAAAACUGGGCUUAAUGCAUGUGCGUAAAGAGUCAUCCCAGAUUAGCCUGUGCAAUCCAGGCUAACAUGGGACGAUACUUUCCGCAUACACUGGAUAAUUGCUUAGAAGAGACUUCUUUUAAACAAAUAAUAGAAUAAAAACCGAAAGUGUUAUCCCUUAUAACAUUGUGCAGACUGCACAGGCUAAUCUUGGACGACACUUUACGCUCAUGCAUUAGUCCGGUAUUCCCAGAACAAGGCUCAUAUGUUGAUGAAGUAACUGACAAAUGGAAGUGGAACUAAUAUUUCAUAGAAAUUAUGAAAAUCUUUAAUCAAACAGCCAAAUAUAUUGCAUAGAAAAUAUACAUAUACCAGUGGAUAAAAAAGUCAGCAUGGCAAAUGUUGUAAGCAAGCAUCCAACAGAGGGGUUAAUCACGUGAUAGUAAAGGCGACCACGCCCUUGCUGAGGCAGGUAUUUUUGCUGUUUUAUACCAUUUAUUACUUGUAUUAAUGCCGCUCACUUUCCAGCCAUGUCUGCAAGAAAGUUACUUGCGUUUAAUUUCCUAUUAAUAUUCGCUCUUUAUCGCGACUUUACUCACUGCGAAAUUUCUUAGCGAAAUGACCUAAAUAGAGCUCCACGAAGAAAAUUUGCAUGGUGUAAAGUCGAUAUAAAUAGCAAAUUUUAAUAGGAAAUGAACGCUUAUUAAUUUUCUCUGAUAUUGGUGGAAAGUGUCAUUUUAAAAUUUAAAAAAAGAAAUAAAGGGUAUACAAUGGCAAAAAAUAACUGUCUCAUCAUUGACGUCGCCAUCUUGAUUAUCAUGUGAUAACCCCCUCUGAUUCCAGAGGGCCCUUAUUAACUUAACUCCAUAGAGAAAUCUUAGCUUGUACGUUACUGAAAGUUUCUCGUCAAAUUUGCUAUUUAAAAUCCAAAUCUUUCUGCACAUACAAUUACACAAUAUUUUUUUGUUAUUAAUAUUUACAAAUUAAAACAUGUAUUUAUAAAAAUAGACAUCUACUUAAUACACGUAUAGCCAGUUAUGUAAUAAAUGUUAUUCAUUUGGAGGUAUUUUCCUUAGUUUUACCUGUGGAGCUUGGUUCAUAUGGGCUUUAAAAAAACUGGAAAGAGGUGUUUUGGUGCUCUUUUCAUGCAAUUGCAAAUUUAUAUGCAAAUAUUCACCAUUAUUGCCUAUCCAAAGAUUACAGUUACUGACAUUAAGUUUGUAAGAGAUAUUUUGGAGAGGUGCAUCAUCUGUUUUAUUUUUAUUUAAAAAUGUGUUUUAUUAUUGUUUAGUUUUAUAUAAAAGUUUACACGAGAUUUGGAAACAAAGAUAAUUUGUGCUAAUUGAUUAUUAAUUGAUGUGUUUGAUGCCUUGCUCAUGAUCACAUUUUUUUCCAAACAGAGUUUACUCAGUAAAACCACAUUUAGUGUUAGUUUAAACCUAUUCAUUUUAGCUCGAUUGCAUCGAAAGCCCAAGGCUUAUAUAAACGUUCUCGAGUCUGUUUCCUGGGCCUAGAACCAGUACUUGGUGUCUUUGGGGGAGAUCUAAAGAAUGCUCCAACGGUGGGGAUGGAACCCAUGACCUCCCGGUCACUAGGCGGACACCAUAUCUAUUACACCACAGUGACCUAUAGAACCACAUUAUUUUGAUCAGUUAAACAUAAAAAAUAUCAAAUGUCUCGAGAAACACCAUAAAAUGUUUAUAAACUUAAUUAUGUUUACUAGAAAUCAUCAUGAAUGUUUUCAUGUUUAAAAUAUAUGUACAGCUUAAAACUUCUUAUCCGUAAUUUGAGAUCUAUGCCAGCUACUGUGUACUAUAUUGGAUUAGAUUUGUGUGCAAAUACUUUUGAUGCCCCCUUUGAAGAAGAGGGGGGUAUAUGUUUUGCACAUGUCGGUUGGUCGGUCCGUCGGUCGGUCCGUCCACCAGAUGGUUUCCGGAUGAUAACUCAAGAACGCUUAGGCCUAGGAUCAUGAAACUUCAUAGGUACAUUGAUCAUGAUUUGCAGAUGACCCCUAUUGAUUUUCAUGUCACUAGGUCAAAGGUCAAGGUCACAGCGACUCGAAAUAGUAAAAUAGUUUCCGGAUGAUAACCAAGAACGCUUAGGCCUAGGAUCGUGAAACUUCAUAGGUAUAUUGAUCAUGACUGGCAGAUGACCCCUAUUGAUUUUCAGGUCACUAGGUAAAAGGUCAAGGUCACAGUGACUCGAAAUAGUAAAAUGGUUUCCGGAUGAUAACUCAAGAAUGCUUACACCUAGGAUCAUGAAACUUCAUAGGAACAUUGAUCAUAACUGGCAGAUGACCCUUAUUAAUUUUCAGGUCACUAGGUCAAAGGUCAAGGUCACAGUGACUCGAAACAGUAAAAUGGUUUCCGGAUAAAACUCAAGAAUGCUUGCGCCUAGGAUCAUGAAACUUUAUAGGUACAUUGAUCAUGACUGGCAGAUGACCCCUAUUGAUUUUCAGGUCACUAGGUCAAAAGUCAAGGUCACAGUGACUCGAAAUAGUAAACCGGUUUCCGGAUUAUAACUCAAGAAAGCUUACGCCUAGGAUCAUGAAACUUCAUAGGUACAUUGAUUAUGACUGGCAGAUGACCCCUAUUAAUGUUCAGGUCACUAGAUCAAAGGUCAAGGUCACAGUGACUCAAAACAGUAAAAUGGUUUCCUGAUGAUAACUCAAAAAUAAUUAGGCCUAGGAUCAUGAAAAUUCUUAGGUACAUUGAUCAUGACUGGCAGAUGACCCCUUUUGAUUUUCAGGUCACUAGGUCAAGGUCACCAUGACAAAAAACGUAUUCACACAAUGGCUGCCACUACAACUGACAGCCCAUAUGGGGGGCAUGCACUUUUUACAAAAAGCCCUUGUUUUUUUUCAAUUCUAGCCAAAUUUUGGAAUGGGAGGUAUUGAUAAGUUACACUCCUUCAGCAAAUUAUAGGAGUUGUACUGUAUUCACCAUGACUGACCUCUGUGUGUCUGUCUGUAAUAUAUUUGUUAUAUGAUAAAUCCUGAAAUUAUAGAUGAUGUUGAAACUUAUCAUAAAACGUAAUAUCAUCUUCAUUAUUUAAGAGGUCCUUUUCUUUGCGUUUGCAAUUUAAUCGUUAUUUCAAUUUUCUUGUAGCUAACGAAAUUUAAUCGUUAUUUCAAUUUUAUUGUAUCAAAUGAGUGUAUUUAUUUGAAACUAAAUAACUUGCCAGAAAUAUUUUUUAACCAGAGUGUCAAAUUUUGGUCUUAAAUUUUCUUCUUAUAAGUGAAGCAAUUCAGAGAUUUAUAAACUUAUUCCAUUUAAUUCCCAUUUGUAUAAUGUUACAAUUAACAAUAUUUAUGUUUACUUUUUAUUCAAUUAAAGCCUGGAUCAGCCUGCCCUUUUCUAAUUACUUGCAUUUUAAUAGGAUUGUGUAAAAUGAAUCUCAUAAAUCACACUUUUUUUUGACAAUUCUACAUUGGCUAUGAAUUAUUUAUAGUUUCUUGUCUUGCCAUUAAUUGCUUUAUCACGACAUGUGAUACAUUUUUAUUCAUCUACUAUCAAAGAAAAAGAUCGUAAGUGUGUCCAUCAGCUGAUAAGAUGAUUGGCUUUCAGUUUUGUCCACUUAUUUUAAACUCCCGAUUGCAUGACAGUAUGCGUAUUGUGCGAGAAUGUUAUUUCGUGUUUAUUCGUAUGCAAAUGUGAAGGAUAAUUGUAAAUAGCUAUGUUAUAUUCUUCGUUAUCAUUGGUGUAUGUUUGGUGUAUUCUGUGCAAUAAUCUUGUUAUUUUGGUUU